AUGUACCAUGGCUACCAACUUCAGAAUUCAAGCAGCUGGGUGAGCCGACAUAUUAGGAGCGCUGAGCAACUCCUAGCGAAUAAAUUGCUCUUGCCAGGCCACAAGCAAGCGAUGCCUAUGAUCCUUCAAAUGCAAAUGAUUGAUCAAUUGAUCAAUUGGCUGAACAUAUUGAUCUCUGAUAAGAAAAGGCAAGGAUUCUUCCAAAUACUAUGGAGAGCAAGCAACACAGCCUUGUGA